AUAAAUACAAGUGGUUCAUAUCGAAAGGGGCACACAGCGCGAACAUAAGCUUCGAUCGUAACGUACGGGACCGAUAGUUAAUUUCAUAGCCGAAUACGUGCCCGUAUGUUUUAAGCGUCUAACGUUCUACGAAGAUUCUGUUAGGAACGUAAAUCUGUGUCGUCAAUAACCGUUCAUCCGUUUUUCUAUUUUAAUAAAGUGAAAACAAAAAUCGUAGAAGAUGGAUUUGGUAGAAUUGUUUGAUUAUUACUGGUAUCAAAAAGCCGAUCCCAGAAUGAGCCGUUUACCGCUUAUGCAAUCCCCCAUUAUCCUUCCCGCUAUCCUCUUUUCUUAUUUAUACUUCGUCUUAAAAUGUGGGCCGAAGUUUAUGAAGGACAGAAAACCGUACAAUUUUAAAACCUUUAUAAAGUGGUACAACAUCUUUCAAAUCGUCAUCAAUGCAAUCAUAGUGCAACAGUUUAUCAGUGCGGGUUGGUUCACAGAAAUAACAGUAUUUUGCGAACCAGCAGAUUACUCUGACACCCCGAAAAACAUGAAGGUGGUUUAUAUACUAUGGUUCGGGUUAAUAACCAAAAUAGUCGACCUCAUCGAAACGGGAGUGUUUGUACUGAGGAAAAAGAACAGACAAAUUUCGUUCUUACACCUUUACCAUCACGUAUCAACACCUUUAGUUUGUUGGACUGUAACGAGAUACACCCCAGUCGCAGGAGCAUCAUUCCCAAUGCUAGUGAACUGUACCGUACAUGUGAUCAUGUACUCGUAUUAUUUAUUGAGUUCGUUUGGAGAAAAAUGGCAGAGGAUACUUAAUCCAAUCAAACCAUUGAUAACUAUCACACAAAUGGUGCAAUUCAUCGUCCUGAUAGCAUACGCAAUGCAAGUGUUUAUGCCACACUGCAAUGCAAUUAAGACACCGUCCGUUAUAGCGAUAGUGAAUCUUCUUAUAAAUUUCCUUCUGUUUUACAGUUUCUAUCAAAAUACGUAUGUAAAGCCCGCUAAGAAAGUGAAGUGAAUCGUUUUGAAUGAAACUGAAGUCACUCGUCUAUCAUUGUGAUAGUGAGUUUGAAUUAAAAUCAAUGAAAUAUUCCAUCGAACAUUUUACUGAUAAGUUCAUACCUACAGAUAUUACUUAGCUUUAAAUGAUAGUGUUCAAUUAAAAAUGUUUUACUGCUAUAAUACAAGUAACUGCGGUUAGUAUGAAAUUGCAAAUAGUAAUUAAUGUGUUAAUGAAUAUCAGUGAUAUUAUCAGUGAACUUAAAAAAUACUACUGUUAUUCGGCACUUCGUGUUAUAUACAGAAUACUACAAAUACUAAAAAUAUUUUCAAUGAUCUUUCUACCGUUUUAAACGUACUUGCUACUGUUGCUUUUAGGGGGAAAAGAAUUAUUUAAUAGCACUGUACAUUUAUACUGAUAAACGAGUAAGUAACAUCGUCAAUUAAAUGACUCACUAUAAUUGUACAUAUAAUUUCGUUACGGACGAUUUUAGAUGCAAAUUUAUCUGCAACUAACGCUUCCACGAUAUGUUACAAAUUAUUAGGUCGUUUUAACGACCAUAUUUAUGAAGAUUUACAUCACUACAUUUGGCGCAUAAUAUAUUAGCAUCAUAGUGCAGCUUUUACUGCUUCGUUAUUUACGUUAUGCAUCGAAUGAAAAAGAUGAUUAAAAAAACACGAGAAAUGAAAUAUUUUUUACUUCAGAAGGCUUUUUUACAAUAUCAUACUCGUCGAGUAGAAAUGAACAUCAUCGUACAUUUCAAUAAACAAGGAAAAGUUUGCAGAACGGAAGUUCUAAACAGUGAAUACGGUUCUAGCUUAUAUGAAUAUUGCCUUAUUUAAAUGAUAAUCAAUUCGAUUAAAAGUGCACUUUCAUUAAUACGUUGCAUGCCACGUAGCAUAGUACGACAUGUAUAAGAAAACAUUAUUAAAAUUUCAUACUGAAA